AUGGGACUUAUCCUUGCACCAUACAAUGACUCUAUGCGCCUUGGCCAGGGUUACAACUCGUUCCUCCACGAACAAUGCAUAUACGACGCGGUCAGGAUCAACCGAGAUCAGGUUGGUCAAAAACCCACCAGCACCAAUGGGUCUACCUCGCAGGAUGUCAACUACUCAUCGAGGUUUGUUGACAAGAUGUCGGAUGUUGUCAAGAGCCUCAAUGUGAGCGCUAGUUCUUCCAUCAAGAAUGGAGGCAUUAUCGGUUCGGGCAAUUCUGUCGCUGUGAAUGAGACCAAGUUUGCGACAAGCGACCUCAACGCUAUUUUUUCGAUCAAGGUGGUCAACCAGAAGAAAGAAUUACUCGAGAUGGCAGAGUUCGAGGCCAAGAAGGGUCUCAACUUGAACAGCGAGUCGUUUCUCAAGACCUACGGGAACUGCUUCAUCUCUGGGUUCAUCGAGGGCGGAGAACUCACUGGUGUUGUGUCAGCCAAAGUAACAGAUGUGGAAAAUAAGUCUGCAGUCGAAGGAGCCAUCAAAGGUCAAGUCAACAGCUUCUGCACCCCGUCAGGUCACAAGAUGGGUUUUACACUGAGUGAUAUUCAUGCCUUUUCUGAAGAUGAAUCGGCAACGAGACAGGCUGAGACAACCGUUACGGUCAGUUGGUCUGGAGGAGGCCAGAUCAAGCCAGGAGAGAAAGAGUGGAAUCUUGAGUAUCUGUAUGCGGCAGCGGCAGCGUUUCCAUCAAAGGUGGCGGAGUGUCCCCAGCGAACAUGGGCCAUUCUAACCCCUUACAACCACACAAAAAACUUCGUGGCGUGGGCCAAUGACCAGGGCAUCCAGCUGCCUCAGUUUGAGACGGCUCAGGUCUAUUCCGAAGACUUGUUAGACAUGUACAUCGAGUACAAGAGUUGCGUCAAGCAGGUUCAAACUAUCCUGCAGAGUCCCGAUGCUUACGUCGUCAGGGCAGUUGAAAAUGCCGUUGGUACUGGCAUAGGAGAGCUUAUCAAAGCACGAGCCUCCUUGAAAGCCCAGAUGAAUGCGAUCAACCAGAUCAUAGACGAGCUUGCUCUUCGUCCUGGAGACAUUGACGAGAUCAAGAAGCAGCAUCCCAUCGAAGCACCAGAGCUCUGGGCCGCCCGGCUCCCAGUUCGAAAAGAUCAAGCCAGUGAGACUUGA